AUGGAGGGAAUUUGGUAUAAAAGAUGUGAGCUCCGGGAAAAAGUGUUCAGGACCUCUCUUUUUCUACGUCUCUUUUCAACCUGCUUUUCGUCCAGCACACGGCUCGGCCCGCGAAGCCUUCAGGCUUCCGCGCCUAACCGUAAAAGACCGUGGAUCCUCAAAGGAGAACCUAUAUCUCGGGCCGUAGGCUCUAACCGCAAAGGAGAUUUCCCCUCUCGGCCGUCCAAGGUGGCUAAGCCACGGCCGGUCGAUCGCGCCUACGAGGGAAGACGCCUGCCCACCAUCGUCCAGCAACGCCCGCUGGCCCCGUCGGACAAAGAUUGUCCGUUCACCGCUCGCCUCGCUAUUCUGGCGAGAUUUCUGGCCGCACAGUUGGACUGGAGUCACUGUGGCGGCUAUUUCGGCCCCGUCAUCAACAGCAGCAGCGGUUUGGUCGAUCCUGGCAGGAUCGUUGACGAGUUUGAGAAAAUGGUCCUUAGCGACCGAAGGGAGCCGUUGUAUUAGCACUCUCGAGUCUGCGGGAAUAAGCCG